AUGCAUGGCAAACCGCGCAAAGCCCCAACUCAGGAAGAGCGAGAUGACUCGUCUAUCAAAGCCGCCAAACUUCGUCAUCUCCAAUCUCAGCUCCUCCACUUUCACCACAACAAAAUAUACACGAAAGAAGCGAUUGAAAUCAGUGCCAAGCUGUUGGAAUCCAAUCCCGAGCAUUACACCGCUUGGAACUACCGGAAGCUCGCGGUUCAGCAUCUUCUCGAUCGGCACCACGAGAAUCAACUUGAUUCCGAGUCGCCCCAAUCAAUUCUUGAUGAUGAAUUGACACUUGUAAGAUCGGCAAAUAAACUUGGGUUUUCCCAGGCUUUGUUAACUUACAUUAAGUAUCCUCAUGAUUCCUUAGAAUCUUGCCAUGUAAAGGUUUCCAUUGCACAAUUUCCUGGCAUUAUUUCUUCAAGUGGUAUGCCAUGUAGUUGGCCUUGUUUUAUAUCAUUCACUACAAGUGUAUGUUCAAACAAUCAAGAGCAUUCUGAGGUGCAAACUACACAGAAUAUAUCAUGGAAUGAGGAGAAUUUCAAAGCUCAUUCUACCCAUCCUGAAGAUGCAAACUUGCUUGCCUCACUAUGUAAAUUAGACAUUACAAAGGAGAAUAAGCCAACCACCCCUAUGUUGUGUAUGGAGACUUUAUCUAAUGAAAUUGCUUGCAGCCGGGAACUGUUGUCAUCAUCAAACUGUAAAAUUGGAAAACUUACUCUUGCAAGACUCUUGGUGGCACACAACACAUUGGUCACAUAUGGUUGCAUGGACUCUGGAACUGAGGCUCAUUAUGAAGAAAUUCUUGCACUUUAUCAUGAUUUAAUGAAAAUGGAUUCUGCACAUAUUGGUUAUUAUGAGGAUGAGUACAGCUUAGUGCUAAUGAAGCAGCUGACUUCAAAUACUGAGUCUUUAUUGAAGCUCUGUGGUAAUUAUCAAGAAUUGUCGUCGCCAAGUAUUAGUUCUUAUACAUAUGUACGGCUAAAGGGCCUCUCUUUGUCACGAGUUUCAUGUAUGGAGCACUUGCUGUGGGUUCGAAUGUUGGAUCUCAGCCACAACAAACUCAGAUCAAUUGAAGGGUUGGAAGCUCUGCAACUGCUAUCCUGCUUGAAGCUUAGCAACAACAAGCUCAGCAGUUUUACAGCCCUGGAACCCUUGAAAAUGCUCAAGUCAUUACAAGUUUUGGAUGUAUCAUAUAACGAGAUUGGCGACCACUCCAUUGACACAAGAAGAUACAUGUGCUCGUCUCCUCUCAAUAGUACAAUGGGGUCCGGAUGGCGUUUGUAGAGAUUCACCGAUGAAGAUGCCGAUAUGAAGCAUUUCUGGGAUGCUUAUCUACUCUUCAAGGACUUGAAUUUGGUGCAAUUAGAUAUUGUGGGAAAUGCCGUUGUCGACGAGAGGUUGAAAGCUUUUCUGGUCAAGUUGAUGUCAGCAUUGAAGUGGUUUGAUGGUGAGAGCUGCCAUUAGAUAUGUUUCAACUGUUGGUCUCCUAAGAAGUUGUUUCAUCUGUUUAUUGCUCUGCAAUUUUUGUCUGAAAAACAACCCAACUGAAGUCGGAAAACUAAACCGAACCAACAUGAAUUGGAUUACGAGGAAAGGGACUGCUUCGGCAACACGACAACAGAGACAGUCACAGAGACGGUCAUCGUGCAAACAGUCUUGGGUAUGAGUAUGCACUGCACCAUGAUAUAUCUGUUGAAGCUCAUGCGGCUCUAGCUGGGAGCCCGUCGUCAGUAAACUCAUAAAGGUAUCGAUUCUUGGUUUGCCUAUGCAGCAGCGUCGUGCUUGAAGCCAUAUUUCGUAGUACUAUAAAAGAAGUUAUAUGUAAAAUGAGAACCAUUGUGGUUUAAAUUCCCUGGAAGAGGUUUAUUCUGCUGUGGUUGCAACUUUGAUGUUCAAAUAAUUUAGUUUGAUUUUUUGGGUUGAGACGAUGAUAGUAUAUGGCCACUAACACUAUUUUAUCA